UUGCUUUUGGCGAAAAAACUGAGCAAAUUUUUACCGAAUUGAAAAACGAAAAUCUGAUUUGUCCCCUUUGCGAAAAGUCUUGGAAAAAAAAAGCCACCCUUCAAGAAGGAUUUUUCCGUUGCCCCGUUGACGAAAUAACUCUUCCCCAAGGAGAAAUAGAAAAGUUCACGGAAUACUUGCUCAAUGACUACGUGAAAAAAAGUAUUGAAAUAGUUGAAUACCAAAGAAAUAAAUACAAAAGUUUUCAACGAGAAUUGUCGAUUAGAAUCGAUUUUGAACCGGAAAUUCUCCAAAAAUCCUUACAAGAACAAAUUGAGAAGAUUAAGUAA